AUGAGAGAGAAAGUGCAGCUGGCUACCAAGUUUGCGGCUAGGAUACUGGAAGGUGGUAAAAUGGAGGUUUGUGGCGAUCCGGCCUACGUGCGGGAGGCUUGCGAGGCUAGCUUGAAGCGUCUUGAUAUCGACUGUAUUGAUCUCUACUACGUUCAUCGCAUUGAUACUCGUGUACCAAUUGAAAUCACAAUGGGAGCAUUGAAGAAAUUGGUUGAAGAGGGUAAAAUAAAAUAUAUUGGUUUGUCUGAAGCUUCACCUAAUACAAUCAGAAGGGCGCAUGUUGUUCAUCCAAUAACAGCUAUACAACUGGAAUGGUCCUUAUGGACUAGAGAUGCAGAGGAAGAGGUCAUUUCCACUUGCAGAGAACUUGGCAUUGGAAUCGUUCCCUAUAGUCCUUUAGGAAAUGGCUUCUUCACAUCAAGUCCACCGAUGGUUGAGAAAUUGCUAGAAAACGACUUCAGAAAGACUAUGCCAAGGUUCCAACCCGAGAAUGUCGAGCAUAACAAAAAUUUAUACGAGCAAGUUAAUGUAAUAGCAACUAGGAAGGGAUGUACUAUAUCACAGCUAGCAUUGGCCUGGGUCCAUCGCCAAGGGGAUGAUGUUUCUCCCAUACCCGGCACCACCAAGAUCGAAAACUUCAAUCAGAAUGUCGGAGCUUUAUCUAUAAAACUAACACCAGAUGAAAUGGCUAAGCUUGAAUCUAUUGCUAUAGUUGAUGCGGUGAAGGGUGAAAGGUAUUCUUCUUCACACAUGGCUUUGACUUGGAGAUUUGCAAAUACUCCUCCUCUGUCCUCUUGGAAAGCUAAAUGA